UUAGCUGCACGGUCCUCUUUUUUUAUUGCUGGUGGAGGACCGAAGGAAGAGAGGGACCGUUUAAAAAAAAAAGAAAGAAAGAAAAAGGACUGAACACGGUCAGAAUUAGUGAAAGAAAAAAACAGAAAGACAGAGGAGCUAUAGCGAGUAUUUUUGUAUUAUAUAAACUCUUUUUUUGUAAUACGGGUAUUUAAUAAGCUAACGCGGUGUAGCUAAGCUAAAUGUAAGCAGCUAGCCAAGGAAAGCUAAGCUAGCGGCUAACCAAAAAAAAAAAAGACGAUAUUUCGAUAACGGUAUCUCUCUGGUUUUUGUUUUCUUCCUCUUUUUUAACGAUUUGCCCGGUUUUUUUUUUUUUUUUGCUUGGGGGCCUUAUUAUUAUAUUAUUAUUAUUAUUCUUGUUUUUGGAUUCUGACGUUUAUUCGUGACUGAAAUACCUGACGUGCUUGAAUAAAUCGAGAAAUUAUAAAAGUAAAAUGGCGGAACCGGACAAAUUAAACAUCGACUCCAUAAUACAGCGGCUCCUGGAAGUUAAGGGCUCGCGGCCUGGCAAGAACGUUCAGCUGACGGAGAACGAGAUCCGCGGCCUCUGCCUCAAAUCCCGCGAAAUCUUCCUCAGCCAGCCCAUCCUGCUGGAGCUCGAGGCGCCGCUGAAGAUCUGCGGUGACGUUCACGGUCAGUACUACGAUCUGCUGCGGCUCUUCGAGUACGGCGGUUUCCCUCCCGAGAGUAACUACCUGUUCCUGGGCGACUACGUGGACCGAGGGAAACAGUCUCUGGAGACCAUCUGCCUCCUGCUGGCCUACAAGGUCAAAUACCCCGAGAACUUCUUCCUGCUGAGGGGCAACCACGAGUGUGCCUCCAUCAACCGCAUCUACGGCUUCUAUGACGAGUGUAAGAGACGGUAUAACAUUAAACUGUGGAAGACGUUCACAGAUUGCUUCAACUGCUUACCCGUGGCAGCCAUCGUAGACGAGAAGAUCUUCUGCUGCCAUGGAGGCCUCUCUCCAGACCUGCAGUCCAUGGAGCAGGUUCGGCGUGUGAUGCGUCCCACAGACGUUCCGGAUCAGGGCCUGCUGUGUGACCUGCUAUGGGCCGACCCAGAUAAAGACGUGCUGGGAUGGGGAGAGAACGACCGUGGCGUCUCCUUCACCUUCGGCGCAGACGUGGUGGCCAAAUUCCUGCACAAACAUGACAUGGACCUCAUCUGCAGGGCACAUCAGGUGGUGGAGGACGGAUACGAGUUCUUUGCUAAGAGGCAGUUGGUCACGCUGUUCUCUGCUCCCAACUACUGCGGAGAGUUCGACAAUGCCGGGGCCAUGAUGAGUGUGGACGAGACACUCAUGUGCUCCUUCCAGAUCCUGAAACCGGCUGAUAAGAAGCUGUACUCGUACGGAGGAGGAGGCGGUGUGGGCUCAGGGCGUCCAGUCACUCCGCCUCGCAACUCAGCCAAGGGGGGAAAAGCCAAGAAAUAGCACUCGCUAUGUCGGACCCCCACUUCCUCCCUCCCUCCACCUCAGAAAUACCCCACUCUCUCUCUACCUACCUCCCUGCUGCUUCCCUCUCUCUCACCAAACACACAGAGUACCCAGGGUUCUUCUCUCUCUCUCUCUCUCUCUCUCUCUCACUCACUCAUUUUUUCGUUCCUCAUUGAUGCAGUGUGUUUGUGAGUAAGCGUGAGAUUUUAUUCCACUUUUUUUUUUGGUCUUUCCUUCUCUCUGGAGAGAUGUUUCCAGGCCCUGGCUUCGUACUGGGUGUUUUUUUUUUUUUUUCCUGAAUGCUGAUCACAUCGCUGCUGUCGCUGCACUUCCUGUUUCAGAGCCAGUCUGAUUAUAAACUGUAAAACACACACACACACACACACACGGAGCCCCCGACUCUGGGAGAAUAGCUGAUGAUGAUUAAUAUUCUGACGCACAGGGAGCGGGUGAUGCGGAUGUGCAGCGUGAGAGAGAGAGAGAACUCAACACAGGUGCAGAAUUUCCAUCUACAUUUCAGAUGCAUUCUAGAAACAAUCAUGUUAACUGUUCUGUUUUGUUUUUUUAAAUCUCUUUCUUUCUGGUUUUUUCCCUUUCCUUAUUUCUGUUAUUUGUAGAAUCAUGAAGAAAAGCUUUGAACGUUUAUUUUCACGCUUACUUUGUGUUCUUUGUUCUUUUUUUGUAGUCUCUUUUUUGAGAAUCAAUUAUCAAUAAAGAGAACUGUUUAUUUAAAAAAAA